GAGCGGCUUCCGCUUCGAACGGUUGUAAAUUACUUGCUUCUAGUCUAACACAAUUCGCUCCGAAUGGACUGCGCCGAGGGCACUCAGAAGCCCCACUACGUAAAACAAUACCUCGCUGCUGUGAUUGCUACCCUUGGUGCGUUUUCGAUCGGAACUGUAUUCGGUUGGAGUUCUCCGUCUGAGUUCGACAUCGAUGAUGAUGAUUUCGCCUGGGUAGUUUCGAUAAUGGGUCUCGGUGGAGCGAUAAUCAGCAUUCCUGCCGGGUUGAUAGUGAAGAAACUGGGAGCCAGGAAAACGUUACUGCUGUUCGUUCCCGUUACGGUGGCCGGAUGGGCGCUUAUCAUUUGGUUUCAAAAUGUGGGCAUGCUGUUGGUCGGCCGUCUGUUGACGGGGUUCGGUGCGGGUGCCUUCUGUAUGGUUGUUCCGAUCUACAUUGGCGAAAUGGCAUCCAAAGAGAUUCGUGGAACAGUUGGAUCGUUCUUCCAGCAGAUGAUUAAUUUGGGCAUACUUUAUGCGUAUUCCCUCGGAGUUGCACUGAACGUAUUCCAACUCAGCGUCAUGUGCGGCAUCGUACCGGUGCUUUACGGCGUGUUAUUCUUCUUCAUGCCAGACACUCCCACCUAUCUGGUACUGAGUGAUAAUGAACACAAGGCUGUUGGAUCUAUCAAAUGGCUUCGCGGAUAUCAUUUCGAUGCCACCUCGGAAAUCGAUGAAAUACGCAGCCGACAACACCUGACCGGUACCGGAACCGAGAAGCGUUCGCUGUGGGCAUCCUUUCGGCAACCUGCUGCGGUACGAGCACUCGGUACCAUGUUGGGUCUUAUGUUUUUCAUGCAGAUGUCAGGUGUUAAUGUAGUACUCUUCUAUUCGGAAUCAAUAUUCGAGUCGGCAAACGUGCCCAUCGGAGCUGAGGUGGCCACCAUCAUCAUCGGUGCUAUGCAGGUGCUCGGUACGUUGCUGUCCUCGCUAAUAGUGGACCGUGUGGGACGCCGGCCGCUCCUGUUGGUGUCGGGCGGCGCCAUGAUGGUUAGUGCCUUGCUGCUAGGAAUCUACCUUCUGCUGCUAACCGGAGAGAAAGCUACCGAGGAGCUGGUGGCCACGUACGGCUGGAUUCCAAUUGCAGCCCUUUGCCUGUAUAUGACACUUUUUUCGGUUGGUUUCGGACCGGUUACCUGGCUGAUGCUGGGUGAAUUAUUCUCCCCGGAUGUGAAGGGACUGGCCAGCGCGCUUGCAAACAUGACCAGCUUUGCGCUGUCGUUUGCGUUGUCCCGGUUGUUUCCCCUGGUACGGGACGUGAUCGGUAGCGGACCAACGUUUAUAAUUUUUGCCGGUUUCUGCUUACUGGCGGUGGUGUUUGUGGUCCUAGUGGUACCGGAAACAAAGGGCAGGUCGCUCAGUGAGAUACAGUGCAUGUUGGCUACCGGCGGAGGCAGGUUUGUGUUAAGGUUUAAUAAAAAAAGAUAACGAUAGUAAUACUUAGUUAUUUUUUCACGUUCAAAGUCCUUCGCAUUGAUUGCCAUGACUCUUCGAAAAAAAUU